AUGGUGCAGAUCACUGUGCCUGACUGGGUCGUGCAUCGAGCGGACGAGCGGUCAAAACGCACGACCAUUUACAGCCUGAGUGUACACCCAGAUGGCACGCGCCUAGCGACAGGCGGGCUCGACACGAAGAUCCAAAUAUGGGCCACGGCGCCGAUCCAGGACGAAGACGUGCAGGCCCCACGCUUACUAUGUACUCUGGCCCGGCACACAGGCGCAGUCCUCGCUGUGCGCUGGUCUCAUAACGGGAGGUAUCUGGCCUCAGGCUCAGACGAUACCGUUGCUCUUAUCUGGGAACUUGUUGAGACGAACACAGCCGAUGCGGGCACCGGAACAUCAACUGCCAUGAGCACUGGUUUCGGUUCUGAGGCCAACGUCGAAUAUUGGCGCCCGUGCCGCCGACUCCCGGGACACACCUCCGACGUCACCGAUGUUGCAUGGAGCGAGACAGAUGCAUAUCUUGCAACCGUCGGACUUGACUCCCUCGUCAUGAUCUGGUCCGCCAAUGACUCCUUCGACAGGAUCCGCACCAUUCGAGGACACCAUGGGUUUGUGAAGGGUGUUGCCUUUGAUCCAAUUGAUCAGUUUCUUGCCACAAGCAGUGACGAUCGCACUGUCAAGAUUUGGCGCACUAGCGACUGGGGCUUGGAAGCCUCUGUAACAGAGCCGUUCAAAGGCAGCCCCAGCAGUACUUUCUUUCACCGUCUCUCAUGGUCGCCUGACGGUUCGCAUCUACUCACUGCCAAUGCUAUGAAUGGACCCGUCUUUGUCUCUAGCGUCAUCGAUCGGUAUACAUGGGCCAGUGACAUUGCCCUGGUGGGCCAUGAAAAUGCCGUCUCCGUCGCGGCAUGCAGUCCUCAAUGGUUUCAAGGCACUCCGUCUCCGGACGCGCCCCCCGUCACAGUUGUCGCUCUCGGCGCUCAGGACCAAAGCUUAUCUGUAUGGAUGACGGGCAUGCCGCGACCUUUGCUCGUCGCUCGCGAUCUUUUCGAACGGCAUGUCAUGGACCUCCAGUGGUCUGCUGACGGAUACACAUUGUACGCAUGUUCGUCCGAUGGCUCCGUCGCUGCUCUCGCUUUUACAGCAGAAGACCUGGCACCACUUGUCCCUGACCAUGUACUCACCAAAGCACGCACCAAGUAUGGCUUCAUGCCGUCCGCCCGCACAACUACCAAGCGUUCACCUCUUCCACUCGCCCCUGCACCUGUUCUUUCUACACUCCGUCCACCACCUCCGCCGCCCCUCGUCACCAAGAUCAGUCGAGAUCCAUCGGAACGUCUCGUGCAAAAAAUCACACGCGCCAAAAAUGGUAAGCGGCGCAUUUGCCCCACACCUGUCGGCUCUAAUCCAGACUAUGCGCUCGCUCAACAGACUGCUCCGACCGUGCACGGGACAACGAAUAAUUCACUCGUGUCUUGGCCAAAACCGCCGUCGAACACUCAUGCAUUAGGACCCAAAGGUACUUCCCGGCCAAACAGUCUGCUGUCUCCUCACACGCUGGACGUGUCGAUAAGCCAUACAGAUUGGGCUCCGAGGGACGUGCACGUGUUGUCACAUCUUCGAGUAGCUGCAUGCCACGGCGUCGUGGAAGUCCGCAAUGAAGCAGACGGCGCAGAGGUGACCUGGCUCGCUGAAGAGCGGGUACAAUGGCGCGACUGCCUCUACAGCCCUGUCCUGAGCACAGCUGUGAGUGAGCGUCUGAUUGUCUUUUCUCUUGUGGAUGGCUCUUUUCUCUGGUAUACGUGCGCCGGACGCAGAAUUGCUACACUAAUGACACCGGAGCCAUGCACUCAGCUUGCUACUCAAGGCGCGUAUGUCGCUGCCAUAACUCGUGAUGGGUAUAUAUGCCGAUGGAAUGCUGUAACUGGUGCGGCUCAUGGCCAGCUGGUCCGCCUUCCGCGCGACGACGUAUCGUCAUUCUUUGUGCACACGAAUGGUGUACCGGUGGCUGUGGUCCGUGGUCGCCAAGUUGCUUUGGCUUGGGAUGAGCGAAAAAAGACAUUUGUUUGCGUUGCACAAGGCUCUCUCGCACGCCUCAGUGCAGCGUGGCACGUGAGUGUCCACGAUAGCCAUACGAUGGUGCAAGGGCCCGUUGUGCGCGUCGAGCGUAUGCUCAACGACGUGCUCACGACGCCGGGUGAAUCCCUCGCAUCUCCUGAUACCGCGUCAUCAGCCACGCUUCGACACCUUGAAAUGCGCUUACAAGCCGCAGAGCUGCUCGAUAGCCCAACCGAAUACCGCAAUGCCCUGCUGGCUCUAGGCCGUCACCUCGCUGAAGAAGGCCUUUGGAAUCAAGCAGACGAUUUACUGCGCAUGUUCUUGGGCCCCAUAUACUAUCGACCUAACGAACCUGCCUGGGACUCGACGGUGCUCGGAAUGUCGAAACGACAGCUUCUUUCUAGCUUGCUUGUGACCAUGGAGCAUGGCAAGCUUGACAGUCUUGUUCAGGGUGUGUCGGAGGUACUUCAUGCACUGGAGUAA